CCGCCAUGGACCUUUUAAAUACGAUCCCUUUCCUCACAAAGUAGCAGACUUCAUACCCCUCAAUUGACAUUCAAUUAACAAGAUAACAAUACAAUCAUAAUGGCCCCCAAAGUCCUCGUCGUCCUCAGCUCCCACGACCACCACAAUGCCAACAACGAACCCACCGGCUGGUUCCUGCCCGAAUUCGCCCACCCCUGGGAUGUCCUCCACUCCAAGACCGAGCUCGUAAUCGCCUCCCCGGCCGGCGGCAAAGCCCCACUGGACCCGGGCUCCAUUGAAAUGUUCAAGGAGGACCCUGUGUCCCAGAAAUUCCUCAAGGAGCAGGAAUCCCUCUGGACCAACACCGUCAAGCUGUCGGAUGUUGUGUCCCGGGUUUCUGAAUUCGAUGCCAUCUUCUACGUUGGUGGUCAUGGACCCAUGUACGACCUCUACAGCGACAAGACCUCCCUGGCCCUUAUCCAGGCCUUCGCUGUGGCUAAGAAGCCCGUCGCAGCUGUGUGCCAUGGUCCCGCGGUGCUGGUGAACGCUACUACGCCCUCCGGAACCGCGUUGCUGAAGGGUGCCGAGGUCACUGCGUUCUCGAAUACCGAGGAGGAUCAGGUGCAGUUGAGCUCUAUCAUGCCGUUUAUGUUGGAGGAUGAGGUGAAGCGCGUGGGAGCUACGUUUGUCAAGGCUGAGCAGCCGUGGGCUGAGAAGGUGGUCGUGUCGCAGGUUGCUGAGCUCGGUGGUGCAGUGAUUACCGGUCAGAACCCGGCUAGUGCGACUGGGGUCGGAAAGGCCAUUUUGACGGCUUUGGGGUUGUAAGUGGAGUCUGUGUGAUGUGAGGUUGUAAUGGUGGGUUGUUAUGGAUAAUGUAAUUCCGACAUAAUGAGAGUGAUAUAUGCUAUGUUGUUUUACAUAUCGACUUACGGUGGUGCUAAUAUUGAGUGUGAUUGACAAAUCUAAAUCUCUCAUCUAAAGUUGAUCAACAGUAUUGCACUCCUGAACGCCCAGACUGUCUUAGGUCAUGGAGAUACACAGACUUGGGAACCAAGUACACGACGGCAACGCUUUUUAACCCUGCUUGACAAAUUGCUCCUGAACCUCCAAACUAUGCUUCGCGAACCGGCUCUUCGCGCGGAU